CAUGCGCACCGCGGCUUCGUCACAUGAUUCGUCUCUUGUGACAAUCGGACAGAAAGGGAAAGCCUUUCUGACUUCAGCUGUAUUAUAAAGCGCUGUGAUGACACAAAGCUGCUGUUUUGGUGCCAGAGGACCAACUUCAAGGGCAGGAAAUGAAGUUAAGUUAACAUUUCCUGCCUGACUCGCAUCAUUCCGGUUUUUCUAUUUAGGACAGCUAGCGGAAGCCAAAGGUUAUUGCGUCGCUUGUGACAAAGUUGGCGCAUGGAGAGGGACAAAGUUUCGUUUCUGCGCUGUGUGUUUUCUUUAUUUUUGUCGCUCCCGUACCGCCAGCGCUUCGCUCGUCGAGCUUAGACGCUUUUGAGUAUUUUUGAACCGUUCUUGCUGUGAAAGAGUGUAACUCCGUCGCCAUGGUGGACAGUAAACCUCUGCUCCAGGACAGACCUCCCGCCUACAACUCAGCUCCCGGGGCGUAUGAAUACGGCCCGCAGCCGCAGCACGGCUACGGAGCCAUCCCCGCCGCGGGCCCGCCGCCAUACCAAUACCCCGAUGGCCGAGCGUUCCCUCCAGCCCAAAUGGGCCCUGCAGUUUCCCAGCAGCCCUGUGUUGGGACCUACGCCAUCAUCCAGCCGUCUGUAGUGGUGGUGGGGGGUUGUCCAGCCUGCAGAGUGGGGGUCCUGGAAGACGACUUCACCUGCUUGGGGAUCCUGUGUGCCAUCUUCUUCUUCCCGUUGGGCAUCCUCUUCUGCUUCGCUCUGCGCCAGAGGAGGUGUCCUAACUGUGGCGCCACCUUCGGUUAAAGGGACCAAACUGCAGUCCUUUUUCCUCAUGCCUGUAUUUUUUCCUGCCUCAUG